AUGGCCUUUGGUCCACUGUUGGACGUAGAUCUUGUAUUUAAUGGGCAACUAUUUCACUAUCUUCUGUUGAAGGAGGUAAUAGAUGCAAACCCAGAUGUUAUAUCAUUUAACAUAUUGGGGAAGAAGGUAACAUUCUCCCAAGACGAUUUUAAUCUGAUAACUGGGUUGUGGCCGACCAAGGAAAUUAUAGAAAGAGAAACAAGCGGUGAAAGACUACGACAACUCAUUCUUGGAAUGAAGAACCCAAAUGAUAAGGAUAGUUCUUGUAAGGACGUGGAGAAUGCGUUUGAGAAGUUCACUUUUACAAACGAAGAAGAUGCCGUCAAGGUUGCAUUGGCAUUGUUCAUCGAAAUGGUGAUGAUUAGAAAAGACAAGAAAAUUCAAUUUGAUUUGAAGACAUUUGGGAUUGUUGAUGACCCUGAAGUCUUUAGACAUUAUGACUGGUCGUCCGCCUUUUUCAAACAUACCUUGAAUAGCACGAAGUCUAUCAUGCGCGGGAAGAAUAAGGCACAUGAGACAAAGAAAGCAGAAAAUGCUCAUUAG